ACCACAACGUACGGUUUAAUCAAAGAUGUUCAAGUACCGGAUCCGCAUGUUUUUCAAUGAACUGAAAGUACUGGGUUUUAUGCGAUCCGGUUCUAGACACUCUGAUACCGACGUAGACCUAAAUAGACGAUCGACCAUGCGGGGACUCGGGAUGGGCGGCUGCGGAUGGCCACCCUUUGUCGACUGCUCUUCUCGUAAUGACGAAGAGGAGUAUUACGGAAGUGAUCCAAGGCCCAGGAGCUUGGCGUUUGAGGAAAAGGACCCCAAGCUGCAGGCGGGCCUGGAUGCGGUGUCCCUCACGAGCAGCACAGGGAGCGGUAUGCGAACGCCCCAGUGCCGAAUCUGUUUUCAAGGACCUGAGCAGGGGGAGCUGCUGAGCCCAUGCCGCUGUGCUGGAUCUGUUCGCAACACUCACCAGCCCUGUCUGAUUCGCUGGAUUAGCGAGCGGGGAUCUUGGAGCUGUGAGCUCUGCUAUUUCAAGUAUCAUGUGCUGGCCAUCAGCACCAAAAACCCACUACAGUGGCAGGCCAUUUCCCUCACAGUGAUUGAAAAGGUCCAGAUUGCAGCCAUCAUCCUGGGCUCACUGUUCCUGAUUGCCAGCAUCUCCUGGCUCGUGUGGUCUUCACUCAGCCCCUCAGCCAAGUGGCAGCGACAGGACCUUCUCUUUCAGAUUUGCUACGGCAUGUAUGGAUUCAUGGACAUUGUGUGCAUAGGCCUCAUAAUCCAUGAAGGCUCCUCAGUGUACCGAAUAUUCAAGCGCUGGCAGGCAGUGAACCAGCAGUGGAAAGUGUUGAACUAUGAGAAGUCGAAGGAUCUGGGGGACCCGCUGAGCUCCAGCAGCAAGGCAGGGGGACGAGGAAGCCGCAACAGCACCCACGGCCUGAGCAGCGUGGGCAGGGGCCGGGGCCGGCGGCGCGGCCGGAGGCUAAGGACUAUCCUCAACCACCACUGUGGCUACACCAUCUUGCACAUCCUCAGCCAGCUGCGGCCCAGCGACCCGCGCCUCAGGGCCACCACCAACAGGGAGGUGGUGAUGAGGGUCACCACUGUGUGAGCCAGAGUGGGGGACCGGGGUGAGGAGGCAAAAGGCUUGACAUGAAGCACAGGGCUCAGGAACCCCCAUAAUGCCCUUCAGACUCGCCUGUUGGCACUGCAGUGUCUGCGGCUUAGUGAAACUGUGCUGGAACUUGCUUGGAGCAACAAUGGAGACCAGUGACAUGUACACACACACACACACACACACACACACACACACACACACACACACACACACACACAUAAACAGAUGAACAUGCAGCAUACAAAACCACUUCAUACACACAUGCAGACACAGCCAAAAGACACACCAGUGUUCUGAUUCAUGAGCAAAAAAAAAAAAAAAAAGAAAGAAAGGCACAUUUCUUACAAACGGAAAGACAAUACUGGAAUAAAAUGCUGAAGUGCAUUAAAGAUUAUGACAUGUUUCAUAACCAAUCUUUGCCCAGAACAAAGAUCUUCCUGUCACAAUUCAGGACACCGCUGCAUUCUGUUUUAUUUUCCUCUGUGGUUGAUUUUUUAAGAAACCGUUUUUACUACCUUUGGUUUUAUAAGGAAAUGAUCUCCAGAACGUGGACACCUUACAUGCCAUGCAGCAUCUUCUCUGACAGAAUCAGACCUUGGGAUCUGAACAAUGUUUACUGCUUUCAACAAAGCAAAGGCAACCACUCACAAAUGAACAUAGUCACAUGUGCACGACUUACAGGGAGUCCUGAGGUUCAAACCAACUACAAGUAUUUAAAUGCACACAUGGAUAUAGGGUGCAAUAAAAAAAAGUUAUAUGGAUUUCAUUGAACUUCAAAAAGAUUUUAGCUUUGUUCUCUGCAAUAAAGAUGUCUGUACAUUUUACAGUGAACUUUGCAUGAGGGUAUAGUAUUACACCUCUUUCACUCAUUAUCAUGGCAGGUCUGUUCUCA